AUGCAAUCACCAGGAUCCACGGUGUACUACGUUUCCCAUCUCAGCUACACUGGAACCACACUUUGCUUUACUCUGUUCUUCACGGAUCAGUCUAUUCCUCUCGUGGGGCAAAUGGACAUCCUCGUCCAUGUCUCCGCCCCCAGCAGCAUCAGCGAUGAUGCACGAUACCGAGCCCAGGUGGCCGCCAUUCGUGCCAUGAUGCAGCUCACAGAUGAACCUGAAAGUCAAGCCGACCUCCAAGUUGCAUCUGCAGCCGUCCCCUGCCUAUCUGCCAACCAGUCCGCACUCGAGACGCAGAUCUCAGCCAAGGCCCCGACCGAGAUGGACUUGAGUCUCGACCAUUCCCUCGAUAGUAUUAUCAGCGUCAUUCCCGAUUCGCAGCCCACUCAGCCACUGCAGAAUAGAGAUCCGGAGCCACUAGACCCUUUUCUCCAACCUCCGUCCAAACGUCGUCGCCCUGAAGGACAGGGUACUUCUGUCACCCCGACCCCUGCGCCUGCCCUUCCUCGCCUAUCAUCGAGCCCAAGUCCAGCUGCUAUCCCGCCCCCAAUCUCUACAGACUCCCGCUCUGAAUACACUCUGUUCUCUCAACUGCCUGUAGAAAUCCGACCCCCUCCACCCCCCAUCUCCACUUCCCCUUUCACCACCCACAUCACACCCACUUUGGACAUGCUCGUCGACCGAUUGAAUCCAGCGCGUAGCUACAAACCCCGACGCCAAGUCCGGCCACUCGAAACCCUGGAGCGCGGGUACUGGGCCGUGCAGAUCACUAUCCGGCCGGACCCGCCUGCAGGCACUGUCGGGGCCAAAGGGGAGCCUUACUGGAAUGGGGAAUUAUUUGCGAGGUUUUGGGGUUUUUUGAACGUGUUUAUUGGACAAGAGGGGAGGGCCGGAUGGGGGGGUUUGGUGCUUUCUGGAAGGAGUUGA